CCGCGGCGGAGGCGGCGGGGACGGGCACCUCGGGGCGCAGCAUGCGGAGCGUGUGGCCGCCGCGCCCGGUGGCCGCCGUGCUGUCGGCGCUGGGGAUGUCGACCUACAAGCGGGCCACGCUGGACGAGGAGGACCUGGUGGACUCGCUCUCCGAGGGCGACGCGUACCCCAACGGCCUGCAGGUGAACUUCCGCAGCCCCCGGAGCGGCCAGAGAUGCUGGGCAGCACGGACCCAGGUGGAGAAGCGGCUGGUGGUGCUGGUGGUACUUCUGGUGGCAGGACUGGUGGCCUGCCUGGCAGCUCUGGGCAUCCAGAUCCAGACAAGAACACCCCCAGUGUGCCUGAGCGAGGCCUGCGUCUCGGUGACCAGCUCCAUCUUGAACUCCAUGGACCCCACGGUGGACCCCUGCCAGGACUUCUUCAGCUAUGCCUGUGGGGGCUGGAUCAAGGCCAACCCCGUGCCUGAUGGCCACUCACGCUGGGGGACCUUCAGCAACCUCUGGGAACACAAUCAAGCCAUCAUCAAGUACCUGCUGGAAAAUUCCACAGCCAGCUCCAGUGAGGCAGAGAGGAAGGCCCAAGUAUACUACCGCGCAUGUAUGAAUGAAACCAGGAUCGAGGAGCUCAGGGCCAAGCCCCUGAUGGAGCUGAUUGAGAAGCUUGGAGGCUGGAAUAUCACAAGUCCCUGGGCCAAGGACAACUUCCAGGACACCCUGCAGGUGGUCACUGCCCACUACCGAACCUCACCCUUCUUCUCCGUCUACGUCAGUGCAGACUCUAAGAACUCCAACAGUAAUGUGAUCCAGGUGGACCAGUCUGGCCUGGGCCUGCCCUCCAGAGAUUACUACCUGAACAAGACUGAAAACGAGAAGGUGCUGACCGGAUACCUGAACUACAUGGUCCAGCUGGGGAAGCUGCUGGGCGGGGGGGAUGAGGACGCCAUCCGGCCCCAGAUGCAGCAGAUCCUGGACUUUGAGACGGCGCUGGCCAAUAUCACCAUCCCCCAGGAGAAGCGUCGGGACGAGGAGCUCAUUUACCACAAAGUGACAGCCGCCGAGCUGCAGACCUUGGCACCGGCCAUCAACUGGCUGCCCUUCCUCAACGCCAUCUUCCACCCCGUGGAGAUCAACGCGUCCGAGCCCAUCGUGGUCUAUGACAAGGACUACCUGGAGCAGGUCUCCGCCCUCAUCAACACCACGGACAGAUGCCUGCUGAACAACUACAUGAUCUGGAACCUGGUGCGGAAAACGAGCUCCUUCCUCGACCAGCGCUUUCAGGACGCCGACGAGAAGUUCAUGGAAGUCAUGUACGGGACCAAGAAGACCUGCCUUCCUCGCUGGAAGUUUUGCGUGAGUGACACGGAAAACAACCUGGGCUUUGCCCUGGGCCCCAUGUUUGUCAAAGCGACCUUCGCCGAGGACAGCAAGAACAUAGCCAGCGAGAUAAUCCUGGAGAUCAAGAAGGCGUUUGAGGAGAGCCUGAGCACGCUGAAGUGGAUGGACGAGGACACCCGGAAAUCAGCCAAGGAGAAGGCGGACGCCAUCUACAACAUGAUAGGCUACCCCAACUUCAUUAUGGACCCCAAGGAACUGGACAAAGUGUUCAACGACUACACGGCAGUUCCAGACCUCUACUUCGAGAACGCCAUGCGAUUUUUCAACUUCUCAUGGAGGGUCACCGCUGACCAGCUCAGGAAAGCCCCCAACAGAGACCAGUGGAGCAUGACCCCGCCCAUGGUGAACGCUUACUACUCGCCCACCAAGAACGAGAUCGUGUUUCCGGCUGGGAUCCUGCAGGCGCCCUUCUACACCCGCUCCUCGCCCAAGGCCUUAAACUUUGGUGGCAUUGGUGUCGUCGUGGGCCAUGAGCUGACUCACGCUUUUGAUGAUCAAGGGCGGGAGUAUGACAAGGACGGGAACCUCCGGCCCUGGUGGAAGAACUCCUCGGUGGAGGCCUUCAAGCAGCAGACGGAGUGCAUGGUGGAGCAGUACAGCAGCUACAGCGUGAACGGGGAGCCGGUGAACGGCCGCCACACCCUCGGGGAGAACAUUGCGGACAACGGGGGCCUCAAAGCGGCCUAUCGGGCUUACCAGAACUGGGUAAAGAAGAAUGGGGAGGAGCAGACCUUGCCCACGCUGGGUCUCACCAAUGACCAGCUCUUCUUCCUGGGGUUUGCACAGGUCUGGUGCUCUGUCCGUACGCCCGAGAGCUCCCACGAAGGCCUCAUCACCGACCCCCACAGCCCCUCUCGCUUCAGGGUCAUCGGCUCCCUCUCCAAUUCCAAAGAGUUCUCAGAACACUUCCACUGCCCCCUUGGGUCCCCCAUGAACCCUCAUCACAAAUGUGAAGUCUGGUAAAGGGCAGAGCACAGAGAGCCAAGACGGAAGAGAGGAAGGGGCUGAGGACGAGCCCCCAGGGGAGGCUGCCGAGUCCGCCCCUCCUUCCAGCCCCUUGGCCGCCCAGGGCCCCUUCCCCGAACUGGAGGGUUUGCAGCCGGCACUGGGCCGGGUGGGGGUCCUCUGCAUACCCGAGUUGCUCCCCUGUGCAGACCGGCGUCCCAGCGUGCACCAGCUCCAGUGGGCAUUCGGGUAUCGGGCUGGUGGCUCACCAGGCCUGGGCCCCACAGCAACAAGGGCCGGGGGACACAGCCCCCUUGCCCACAUCCAGCACCACAUAGACCACAAUUACCACUGUGUCAAAUGCUUUAAGAUAUAUUUUUUGGGGAAACUAUUUUUUAAACAUUGUGGAAUACACUGGAAAUCUUCAGGGAAAAAUGCAUUUAAAACACUUUUUUUUUUUUGAGGGAAGGAUUGUUAUAUUUAUUAUGUUUUCUUUUUUUUUUCCUAAAUAACCUGUGGACAAAGGAAGCCCCACUGAUUUACCCCCUCACUGCAAGGCUGGGCUGAGUCAGGGACACUCACACACCUGUCCCAGGCCACUAAGCAAAUCCUCUGACUGUGGUUACUACUGCAUGGUCACCCACAGACAGGAAAUGUGGGAGCCAGGCAGAGGCCCAGUUCAUGGCCAGCUGCUCUCAGCUUGCUGCCCCUGCCCCCGGAGUUCAACCAUGGAAACCCCAGCAAGGAAGAUCUCAUCCCCACAGUCACAGCAGGGGACUGAUGGCUAUGGCAGAUGAAGCCAGGUCUGAGGGCACCCAAGCACCCUGGAUCUGGAGCACAGGAGCCCUCCAGCACCAGAUGCACGCAGCUGCCCAUAGACCCUCUCUUUUGGUCCUUCCUCUUCGGGUCACCCCUGGGACCUGUUGCUUCUCUGUAGCAACCCCCGACCCCAGCCAUUCUGGGCUCUGCCUUGCAGGAUCCCUCUCCCCCAAGGGAAGGAGGAAACAGAAUGCCGUUCUUGUCUGCAGAAGGGUCCAGAUCCUCCCCUGAGCUCCGUCCUCAGCCCCCAGCCUGGUCAGCUUCCAGACCAGUUCUCUAGUGCCUUAUCUGAGGCUGCGGCCUGGGCCGUGCUGAGGAGAUGACCCCUGCCCCAGCAGCCCCUGGCCUCCUCAGUGGAGCCCCCAAGUGUCCUGAUUGGAACCCAAGGCCAUACUCCCACUCCUGAUGCUCACAGGGCCACCCCUCAGCCCCCAGGAGCUCUGGCCUGCAGGUCUGUGGCUCUGGGUAGUAGAAGUUAGAUGCCGCUGCCCUUGCCCUGGGCUCCAGCCAUCAAGGCCCCCUGGUUUAGAUCAGGACGGCCCCUGCAGGUGGACAGGCUCCCCUCCUUAGACAGGAGGCUAAGGGAAGGGUUCCUCAGCCCAGUCUGGCCCGUGGAGUCAAGAGACCAAGAAGGUCACCCCUUCCUAGAGGCCACAGCUCCUCCCAACAGCGGAUGCUCAGGCUCCACCAGGUAGGUGGACCCGACUGCAGCCGCACAGCAGCCCCCGUGAGAGACCAGGCCCUGCCCCAUGGCACGCCCCUUACCGAGGAAGCCUUGUCCAAGAGGCGCAGACAGCUCAGCCUUGCCCUGUGAGCUCGGGUCAGCAGGAGGCUUGCGAGUGGGCUCCAGGUGAGGCCCCUGUUCCUCACAAACAAGUUCAAGGCCUGGGAGCUCUUUGGGAGAAAGAUAAGAAGGAACCAGGGAAGGAGCUAGAGCCAGCCACCUGGGAGGUGGGCCUUUUCCAUAUGCACCUCCCGGUGCCUCGCUGCCCCACCCUCCUGCCUUCCCCAGGGAAGGGUGGUCCAGGAAACUGUCAGCACCACCAGCCAGAAGCAAUUGUCUGGGGCUGGUGUCUAGCCAGAGGGAACGGAGAUGGCACUCCCUGUCAGGAUGUGCGGGGGCAGGGGGAGAAGCCCAGGCAGAGGCAGCGUCCCCACUCCCAUUGCCCCUCCACAGUGUCAAGGCCAAGGGGAGAUGGGCAGCUGCACUCCCAAGACCAGGGGAGCCACAGGGCUUGCUUCUCUGUGGGCACAUGGGUGUGGGGUUUGGAGGUGGGAAUCUGUUUUUUGUAUCAUGUUUCGUGCUACUGUAGUUUUGUGUGGCACUAUUGUAAUUAAAAUAAAGUACUUGUAUCGAGA